CCAGUCUACACCCUUACAUUUGGCAGCGGGAUACAACAGAGUCCGGAUUGUACAACUCCUUCUUCAGCAUGGUGCUGAUGUUCAUGCAAAAGACAAAGGUGGACUGGUGCCUCUACAUAAUGCUUGCUCCUAUGGACACUUUGAAGUAACUGAGCUGCUUCUCAAGCAUGGCGCUUGUGUUAAUGCCAUGGAUCUUUGGCAAUUUACACCACUACAUGAGGCUGCAUCAAAAAAUCGUGUUGAAGUCUGUUCCUUGCUGCUGAGCCAUGGAGCGGACCCAACACUUGUCAACUGCCAUGGAAAAAGUGCUGUGGAUAUGGCUCCUACUCCAGAGUUGAAGGAGAGAUUAACUUAUGAAUUCAAAGGGCAUUCUUUGCUGCAAGCAGCCAGAGAGGCAGACCUGGCAAAAGUGAAAAAAACACUAGCUUUGGAGAUCAUUAAUUUUAAACAACCGCAGUCUCAUGAGACAGCAUUGCACUGCGCGGUGGCUUCGUUACAUCCCAAAAGAAAGCAGAUAACAGAGUUGUUGCUUCGGAAAGGAGCCAGUGUUAAUGAGAAAAACAAAGAUUUUAUGACACCACUUCAUAUAGCUGCUGAGAGAGCACACAAUGACGUCGUGGAGGUUUUGCAUAAGCAUGGAGCAAAGAUGAACGCUCUGGACACGCUUGGGCAAACAGCAUUGCAUAGAGCUGCUUUGGCGGGGCACCUACAGACCUGUCGUCUCCUGUUAAGUUUUGGCUCAGAUGCAUCGAUCAUCUCUUUUGCAAGGAUUUACAGCGGCGCAGAUGGGAAAUGAAGCUGUACAGCAAAUUCUAAGUGAGAGCACACCUGUCCGAACAUCUGAUGUUGAUUACAGACUACUUGAAGCGUCAAAAGCUGGAGACUUGGAUACUGUAAAGCAGCUAUGCAGCCCUCAGAAUGUGAAUUGCAGGGAUCUUGAAGGUCGUCAUUCAACUCCAUUGCACUUUGCUGCUGGUUAUAACAGAGUUUCUGUUGUGGAAUAUCUACUGCAUCAUGGUGCUGAUGUACAUGCCAAAGACAAAGGGGGUCUAGUUCCUUUACACAAUGCUUGCUCCUAUGGACACUACGAAGUAGCAGAGUUAUUGGUGAGGCAUGGGGCUUCUGUCAAUGUUGCAGAUCUAUGGAAAUUUACUCCAUUGCAUGAAGCUGCUGCUAAAGGAAAAUAUGAGAUCUGCAAACUCCUGCUAAAGCAUGGAGCUGAUCCAACAAAGAAAAACAGAGAUGGAAACACACCCCUAGACUUGGUAAAAGAUGGAGACACAGACAUUCAGGAUUUGCUUCGGGGAGAUGCAGCUUUACUUGAUGCAGCAAAGAAAGGUUGUUUGGCUAGAGUUCAAAAGCUUUGCACACAGGAAAACAUUAACUGUAGGGAUACCCAGGGAAGAAACUCUACACCUCUUCAUUUGGCAGCUGGCUAUAACAAUCUUGAAGUUGCAGAAUAUCUCUUAGAACAUGGUGGUGCAGAUGUAAAUGCACAAGAUAAAGGAGGACUUAUUCCCUUACACAAUGCAGCAUCAUAUGGGCAUGUCGAUAUUGCAGCUUUGUUGAUAAAAUACAACACUUGUGUAAAUGCCACAGAUAAAUGGGCGUUCACUCCUCUUCACGAAGCAGCUCAGAAAGGAAGGACGCAACUAUGUGCUUUACUUUUGGCCCAUGGUGCAGAUCCCACAAUGAAGAACCAGGAAAGCCAGACGCCUCUAGAUUUAGCUACAGCAGAUGACAUUCGAGCUUUGCUGAUAGACGCUAUGCCUCCAGAAGCCUUGCCCAGCUGCUUCAAACCUCAAGCAACAGUAGUCAGUGCCUCAAUCAUCUCUCCAGCAUCUACUCCCUCUUGUUUGUCUGCAGCUAGUAGUAUUGAUAAUUUGACGGGUCCCCUUACUGACCUUGCAGUUGGAGGAACAUCUAAUGCUGGUGAUGGAGCAGCAGGCACAGAGAGGAAGGAAAGUGAAGUUGCAGGUCUUGACAUGAACAUCAAUCAAUUUCUGAAAAGUCUGGGCCUAGAACACCUUCGGGAUAUCUUUGAAACUGAACAGAUUACAUUAGAUGUACUGGCAGAUAUGGGUCACGAAGAGCUGAAGGAAAUUGGAAUCAAUGCAUAUGGCCACAGGCACAAAUUGAUAAAGGAGUUGAGAGGCUGCUUGGAGGCCAACAAGGAACCAAUCCUUAUCUGACCUUUCACUGUGUUAGUCAAGGCACUGUUUUGCUGGAUCUUGCUCCAGAUGACAAAGAAUACCAGUCAGUGGAAGAAGAGAUGCAGAACUCUAUCCGUGAGCACAGAGAUGGAGGCAAUGCUGGAGGAGUUUUUAAACCGAUACAAUGUCAUAAGGAUUCAAAAAGUAGUGAACAAAAAGCUCAGAGAGCGGUUUUGUCAUCGCCAAAAAGAAGUGUCUGAAGAAAACCACAACCACCAUAAUGAACGGAUGCUUUUUCAUGGAUCUCCAUUUAUUAAUGCGAUCAUUCACAAAGGCUUUGAUGAGCGACAUGCAUACAUUGGGGGAAUGUUUGGAGCUGGUAUCUAUUUCGCAGAAAACUCUUCCAAAAGCAACCAAUAUGUAUACGGCAUAGGUGGUGGAACUGGCUGCCCAACACACAAGGACAGAUCAUGUUAUAUUUGCCAUAGACAAAUGUUAUUCUGCAGAGUGACACUUGGCAAAUCGUUUUUGCAAUUCAGCACAAUGAAAAUGGCCCAUGCUCCUCCAGGACAUCACUCUGUUAUUGGUAGGCCAAGUGUAAAUGGACUGGCAUAUGCAGAAUAUGUCAUCUACAGAGGAGAACAGGCAUACCCGGAAUAUCUGAUCACAUACCACCAAUUGUAAAACCAGAUGCACCCCUACAAGCUGCCACAACAGCAGAACAGAAGACUUAG